AGCCGUCACCAAAACAAGCGCUCCCUGUGGCCGGCUGACGUCACGCCGCCUCAGUGUUUAUUAUGUGUUUAAAGCAGCAGCUGCUAACUGGUGUUUAGCUUCGUCCUCAAACAUGCGCUGAUUUCACAGCAGCCAGGUUCGGAGGACAGAGAUGGCAGUGUGUGCACUGACCAUGCUGGACGGGAUGGAGGGGGAGGUAACAGCAGCAGGCGGCGUGUUGCUCCUGGUCCUGGCGCUCGUCGUGGCUUGGCUCUCUACCCACGUGGCCGAUCGGGGCGACCACAUCCUGGGCACCAUCCUCACUGUGGGCGCCCACGCCUCGCUGAUCGGACUGGGAACCCACGACAGCUACAGCGCGGGGUCCCCCGGCGCAGACGCCCCCGAACAGCAGGCCCCCCCGCCCUCGCAGGAGAACAAGUCGGAUGACGGCGAGUCGGGGGCUGAGAGAGGAGAGGGGGAGGGUGCGGAGGGGGUCAGGGCGGAUCUGUUGCUGGACAUUCAGUGCAAACCACCGCAGGCUGGAGGACACACUUCUGAUGAGGAGGAGGAGGAUGACGCUUAUGAGGAAGAGGAUGAGGAUGAGCUGGAAGAGGAAAAUAAAAGGGUUAUGAAGUCUAUCUCUGUUUUGACCAGUACCAUCUCCCUCGCCACCACCGCCACUCCUCCUCCUCCUACUACUACUACUACUAACACUACCACUACCAUUUCUGUUCGACUGAAGUAUUUAAAUGACACGGAGGAGUUGGCUGUUGUGGAACCACAGGAUACAGUGGGAGUACUGAAAAGUAAAUACUUCUCAGGUCGGGAGCAUCAAACAAAACUGAUCUACCAAGGCCAGUUGCUGCAGGACCCCAAGAAGACUUUGUUGUCCCUAAACAUUACCCACAACAGCGUGAUCCACUGCCACAUCUCCCAGGUUCUGCUCGAGGCUGAUCCAGAGGAGGGGGACGAGUCCGGGGCGGCAGCCGGAGUCUCGUCCGGAGUCUCUGGGGGAUUCAGAGCCGCGGGCGUGGCCAUCAGCACCAGCAGCCUGGUGGUGCCCGUGUUCGUGGUGAUACUGGCCGUGGUGUGGUACUUCCGCAUCAACUACAGGCAGUUCUUCACUGCCCCUGCGACCAUCUCCCUCGUGGGAGUCACUGUGUUCUUCAGCUUUCUGAUCUUUGGGAUGCACAGCCGCUAAAACGGCAGAGAGGGAACUGAAUGUUUUGAGGUAAAAAUAAAAAUGAAAUAUAAAACCCCGCAGCAAGUGGGCGAGUAUCUGGAGAGAUGGGCUAAUCAUAAAAAGGGGCCUUGGUGCAGAAACCACAGCUGAGGAGUGCGAGUGUAUGUGUGGGUGGUUGGGUUAGCCUGUUUGUGCACGUACCAGGAUAAAAAAAAAAGAUGAGUGAUUGUACAAUACAUGUGGGUAAAUACUAAUCUGCAGUGAGUGAAGUUCUGUGUAAACUGAACCAUAAUUUAGCUUCUCUUCAGACACGACGUAGUGGUUCACACCACGUUUUAAUCCUCCGGCUUUCUCUCGUCUGCUCUUUUACUGUCGUUAGUCCAGUUUCUGUGUUUUAAGAAGAAAAAAGAUGCAAGAAUCCCAAGUCUUAUGGAACCACUCACUGUUUGUGCUGUGUGUGCCAGUUUGACUCUUUACCAUGAUUUAGAGUUUAUGUGAAUGAUUUAAAGCUCCGCACAGCUCCGCCUCGACGCUGUGCCGAUGACCUCGAAUAUUUUUUGUUGCUCAAUAAUGUAGAAAGAGGCUAAUUUAAAUAAUCUCUAGACUUUAAAAUAGACACUUUUUGAGAAGAUAUUGUAAAUAUAUUGUGUAUUUUCUGUAAAUAACAUAAAAAAAGAUGAAAUGAAUCAGAUGAACCUGCAUCUGGCACUUAAAAGAUUUGGAGUGGGAUGUUAAACCCUCCUGAUUAUGCUGGAUUGCUCUGGCUUCAGUGAUGUCUCAGAUUAAAGCUUUUCAAACCA